AUGUCUCAGCCAGCCUCGCCAUAUCCCACCCAAUCAUCCUUCUACUCAACGCCUCCAAUAAUGAACCCAUCCAUCAAUCCCGACACCCCUCCCCCUCCACCCCCUAAACCCAGCAGUCAUGAAGCCAGCCGAGGAGGCACCCCCCAAAACAGAUCCUCAAUGUCAACGCCCCUGCAAGCACAGCCUGGGCACCGGCCCGAUCCCCCGGCUUCGAGCAUCCAAGCCCAAUACCAAAUCACUUCUCCAUCAGCCCCUCUUCCAGCACCUCCUUCCAUCGAAGAGGGCUGGUUACCAGACAUCGUGAAGGACAAAUCAACGAUCGAUCUCCAAUCAAUUCUCAAAGACCCAACGCUCCUCUCCGCCCUCUCGGCCCGACACCCUUCCCACACAACCCGCCAACAGAACCUUGAGUCCCUCAUCCAAGUAAACAAAGACCUUGCAACCCGCCUCAUCGACCUCCAGAACCACGUGUCGGACCUGCACGCCCAGACGGAGACUAUGCUUAUGACCCAUCAAUCCCUUGAAGUGUCAUGGCGCAAGAAGCAGACCGAAAUGGAUGCCGCGCUGGCGCCGUGGUCACCCAAGGCGCUGUACCAGCGGCUCAGCGCGGCCAUCGUGGAGCAGGAGGCGGUUUGCCAGGCGGUGGAGGAGAGCUUUCUUGAUGGGAAUCAUCAAGGGCGGGCGACGGAGAAGGAGAUUACGGAUUGGGUGCGGCGGGUUAGGGCCGAAGCGGCCAAGUUGGCGGCGAGGAAGGAGGCGAAGGCGCGCUGGGACGAGGGGAGGGUUGGAGGGUGGCGUUGA